GAGAGGCCAAAACCCUUCCAGACCCUUCCUUCUGCCUGUGGCUCCUCCCUCAAACCUUCUCGCCGCAAAUCAAUUGUUUCUCCUCCUCGUCUCUCGCCUCUAUUCCGACCGACCGACCUGCCGACCGAAUAAGAUGGCGGCCGCGCGCAUCCUCGCGCGAAUCUCCAGGCAGGGCAUCGCUUCCGCGGCGGCGGGGGCGGCCAGGUGGCGGCCUGAGGCGGCGUCGCUCCUUGAGGCGUCCGCGCUGGCGGCGGCGGAGCCCUGUGCUUCGAUCAAGGUCAUUCCUUUGUUGAAUCAGCCAGCGCGAUACUCAACAUUGACAUUUCAAAGGUUUGGGUUUUCAACUUCUGCCUCUCAACAAGAUGAUAAGGAGGCAAACAAACACACAGAUGAUGGAGGUAAUAAAAGUGCCGGGCCGAAUACUGAAGCUUCAACUGAAGCCAAUAACACACCUGAAACAGAGAAAGCACAUGAAGCAGGUUCACAAGAUUCUGUAUCCCAAUGUAACAGGAGGGGGAGAGCUGCUAAACGAACUGCAUUUUCUGAUUCAGAUUCGGAGGACCUAGACCUAUCAAAGGAGGACCUUGUGAAGCUACUUCUUGAGAAAGAUGAAUCACUGAAGUCUAAAGAUCAGGAGGUUAAAGAAAUGAAGGACAAGGUUCUACGCAGCUAUGCAGAGAUGGAGAACGUCAUUGCCAGAACAAAGCGUGAAUCUGAAAACUCCAAGAAGUAUGCAAUACAGAGCUUCUCCAAGAGCUUGUUAGAUGUUGCGGACAAUUUGUCUCGGGCAUCAUCUGUUGUCAAGGAAAGUUUCUCGAAGAUAGAUACACCUAAUGAUUCUGAUGAAGCUGUGGUGCUACUAAAAACCCUAUUAGAGGGUGUUGAGAUGACUGAGAAGCAACUUGGAGAGGUCUUCAAGAAGUUUGGAGUUGAGAAAUUUGAUCCUCUAAAUGAGAAAUUUGAUCCAAAUAGUCACUAUGCACUUUUCCAAAUUCCCGAUCCUUCAAAACAGUCGGGGACUAUUGCUGCUGUUGUGAAGGUUGGCUACAUGUUACAUGAUCGUGUCCUCCGUCCUGCUGAAGUUGGUGUCACUGAAGGUGGUCCAACUGAAGAAGAGCCGGAGGAGAAAUCUAGCAAGUCGGAAUAAACUCGGGAUCAAUGACUGCCCUUUUUUGCUUGGAUAAGCAUACAUCAUAGGUUAUGUUUCCUCCAGGAGAUUUGUAAUACAAAUCGCCAUUUUUGUAGUGGUGAGCAUGUUCUACGAGCCUGUUUGUUCAAGAAGUUAGUCCAGAGAUUUGUCGUUUUUGACCCAUUCAGUAAUAAAAACAUGAUUGUAGCUCAUGUACGUCCCUGAAAUUGUGCCCAAGAAGAGUACAUGCGGCAUGAACAGGAAUACUGACAUGAGCAUGGCAUGCCAUGCUCAUGCAGGUUUGUGUUUCGCUGAAACGUUCCUAUUCGGACGGAGUAUGAUAUGAUAUUGAUUUAUGAUCUGAU